AUGGCAAGCUCUUCAGCCGAAUGGCCCAUUGGGUGGAUCAUUCCCGAUACCACCGAGUACCUCUAUACCGUGCCACUGCUCGGCCCCAAUGCCGAGCAAGGUAUUAGAGUUGGAAACAACGACGACCUCGUCUGGACAAAAGGUGAGUUGUACGGCAAAAAGAUCAUCCUAGUCAACGCUUCAAGGCUACAGCUAGCCUAUGCAAGCGCCAACAUGAAACAAGCAUUCGGUAUCAAGAUCCUGUUCGUUGGAGGCACUUAUCAGUCGAUGAACAGCCUCCAUCCCAUUGGCCAUUGCAAUUUGAAGAUGCCAUAUGUGGACGAUUGGAAUUCUAACAAGUUGGCAACAUCCAUCCCCAGAGACGACAUUGAGUCCUUGGCCCAGCUGAGUGUUGCCAAGGAUCUGUUCAUAACCAGAUCAAAGGAGGGACACUUUAACCUCAAUCGAUUGAUCAGCCAAUGGGCUGAGAACAACCAAGCAGUCAAUCAUGGACUCAUAAUGCCACCAGCAACACCUGAUUCAUAUGAAGAAUGGCCAGCACAUAAGAAUGACCAAAUGUGCUGUGGCAAGGAGUUUAACAAUGAGAACUACACCAACCAGACUCCCUGCCUCAAGGUUUUGGGACUCGCGGGAUACCGAGGCAGAGCCGACAACGAUAUAAAGUGGCUUAAAUAUGCGACACUCAAGAGCGCAGCCGCCAUCGCGGGCAUUAUAUUCAGCCUUACAGUUUGA